AAGGCAUUUAUAAGUAAUAAUAAGAUUCCGUGUAUUUAUUUGGGAACUGGGUGGUGGAUCCCCCAAAAGACCAAGAGUAAAAAUGAAACAAACAACAACAGCUACAGUUGGUGGACGACUUGCAGGAGUCAGUCUGUCUUUCCACUGUGUGGGACCUGGGCGUCUAACUCAGGUCGUCGGGCUUGGUGAUAAAUGCUGUCACUCUCUGAGCCAUCUCACUGGCCUGAUAGAGACUAUUUAAAAUGCUUCAUGGGCUAUUGGAAUAGUCAGGCACUGACAUUAGACUCUCCAACUGUCUUCACAGAGCCAGCACUGGUCAGAGGAAAGUGAAUUUCAGAGCCCCCCCACCCUGGGCUUGGUGUGGCCUCCCCAGUAGACAGUAACAGUGACAAGGGAAAGACUACAGAGAUCUCAGCUGACGUUUGUCUCCGUGCCUAAGAGAGGCGGCAGCUUUCUCCGUGCCUACAAACUCCUCCCAGGCAGCAAGACAUGCCUGCAAGGCACACUCCACUGUCCCUCUGCCUUUCUGAGUUGUUGUGACCCUACGCUGUGCUGGGGUCCCUGGCGCUGUGUCCCACCCCGUUCCUUCCUGGGGGAGUUUCAGCCUGUGGCGGGGUGGUGGGAGGAUACUGAGGUUUUACUGGUAGGAGCCACAUGUCCAGGGAGCUCUGUGUUCCUCACAGUGAGCCAUGGACCAUUCAAGGAUGCAUGAUUGCCCCAGUUCAUAGAGGGAAACGCUGUAAGCUAACCACACCUGCUGCAGGAGCCCAGGCUGCAAACUCAGACUCCCACCAUCCUUCCUAUGCCAAUACUAGCGUUUUCAUCUCCUGCUCCUGAGUGGGACGGGUAGAGCACGGGGUUAUGUCUGAAGCUUGGAGCCGCAGAGCUAUACGCAGUGAGCGCAUGCCUCUUCCUGGGUGUGGCAAUGCAGCGGUCCAGGUGGAAUUCUAUGUCAAUGAGAACACUUGCAAAGAGAGGCUCAAGCUGUUCUUCAUCAAAAACCAAAGAUCCAGCCUGAGGAUCCGGCUGUUCAACUUUUCCCUCAAGCUCCUCACCUGCCUGCUGUAUAUCGUCCGUGUCCUGCUCGACAACCCAGACCAGGGCAUUGGAUGCUGGGGCUGCACGAAGUAUAACUACACUUUCAAUGGCUCGUCCUCCGAGUUCCACUGGGCUCCCAUCUUAUGGGUGGAGAGGAAGAUGGCUCUGUGGGUGAUCCAGGUCAUUGUGGCCACAAUAAGCUUCUUAGAGACCAUGCUCCUCAUUUACCUCAGCUACAAAGGCAACAUCUGGGAGCAGAUCUUCCAUGUUCCUUUCGUCCUGGAGAUGAUCAACACGCUGCCCUUCAUCAUCACGGUCUUCUGGCCACCUCUUCGGAACCUGUUCAUCCCCGUGUUUCUCAACUGCUGGCUGGCCAAGCAUGCGCUGGAGAACAUGAUUAAUGACUUCCACCGUGCCAUCCUGCGCACACAGUCAGCCAUGUUCAACCAGGUGCUCAUCCUCUUCUGUACCCUGCUGUGCCUCGUCUUCACGGGGACCUGUGGGAUCCAGCACCUGGAGCGAGCCGGUGGCAACUUGAACCUGCUGACCUCCUUCUACUUCUGCAUCGUCACUUUCUCAACUGUGGGCUUUGGUGAUGUGACCCCCAAGAUCUGGCCAUCCCAGCUCUUGGUGGUCAUCCUGAUCUGCGUGACCCUUGUGGUGCUCCCACUGCAGUUUGAAGAGCUUGUCUACCUCUGGAUGGAGCGACAGAAGUCGGGAGGCAACUACAGCCGCCACCGAGCCCAGACGGAAAAGCACGUGGUCCUGUGUGUGAGCUCCCUCAAGAUUGACCUCCUCAUGGAUUUCCUGAAUGAGUUCUAUGCCCACCCCCGGCUCCAGGACUACUACGUGGUCAUCCUGUGUCCCUCCGAAAUGGAUAUCCAGGUGCGCAGGGUACUGCAGAUUCCCCUGUGGUCCCAGCGGGUCAUCUACCUCCAGGGCUCUGCCCUCAAGGACCAGGACCUCAUGCGAGCCAAGAUGGACAAUGGAGAGGCCUGCUUUAUCCUCAGCAGCAGGAAUGAGGUGGACCGCACGGCUGCGGAUCACCAGACCAUCCUUCGAGCCUGGGCUGUGAAGGACUUUGCUCCCAACUGUCCCCUCUACGUCCAGAUCCUCAAGCCCGAAAACAAGUUUCACGUCAAAUUUGCCGACCACGUGGUAUGCGAGGAGGAGUGCAAGUACGCCAUGCUGGCCCUGAACUGCAUCUGCCCGGCCACCUCCACCCUCAUCACCCUGCUGGUGCACACGUCCCGUGGCCAGGAAGGGCAGGAGUCUCCAGAGCAGUGGCAGCGCAUGUAUGGGCGUUGCUCGGGCAACGAGGUGUACCAUAUUCGCAUGGGUGACAGCAAAUUCUUCCGAGAAUACGAGGGCAAGAGCUUCACCUACGCAGCCUUCCACGCACACAAGAAGUAUGGUGUGUGCCUCAUUGGGCUGAAGCGUGAGGAGGACAAGAGCAUCCUGCUGAACCCAGGCCCCCGGCACAUCCUGGCCGCCUCCGACACCUGCUUCUACAUCAACAUCACCAAGGAGGAGAACUCGGCCUUCAUCUUCAAGCAGGAGGAGAAGCAGAAGAGGCGCGGUCUUGCAGGGCAGGCACUGUACGAGGGACCAUCCCGGCUGCCAGUGCACAGCAUCAUUGCCUCUAUGGGGACAGUGGCCAUGGACCUGCAGAACACAGAUUGCCGGCCCUCCCAGGGUGGCGGUGGUGUGGGCGGCGGCGGCAAGCUGGCUCUGCCCACGGAGAACGGCUCUGGGAGUCGGCGCCCCAGCAUUGCACCUGUUCUGGAGGUGGCAGACAGCUCGGCGCUGUUGCCCUGUGACCUGCUGAGUGACCAGUCAGAGGAUGAGGUGACGCCCUCAGACGACGAGGGCCUCUCUGUGGUUGAGUAUGUGAAGGGCUACCCCCCCAACUCACCCUACAUUGGCAGCUCCCCGACCUUAUGCCACCUCCUGCCUGUAAAAGCUCCCUUCUGCUGCCUCCGGCUAGACAAGGGCUGCAAACACAACAGUUAUGAAGAUGCCAAAGCCUAUGGAUUCAAGAACAAGCUGAUUAUCGUCUCUGCUGAGACAGCAGGCAACGGGCUCUAUAACUUCAUCGUACCUCUGCGCGCCUACUAUCGGUCCCGCCGGGAACUUAACCCCAUCGUUCUGCUGCUGGACAACAAGCCAGACCACCACUUCCUGGAGGCCAUCUGCUGCUUCCCCAUGGUCUACUACAUGGAGGGCUCUGUGGACAACCUGGACAGCCUGUUACAGUGUGGCAUCAUCUAUGCCGACAACCUGGUGGUGGUGGACAAGGAGAGCACCAUGAGUGCUGAAGAGGACUACAUGGCAGACGCCAAGACCAUUGUCAAUGUGCAGACCAUGUUUCGGCUCUUCCCCAGCCUCAGCAUCACCACAGAGCUCACACACCCUUCCAAUAUGCGGUUCAUGCAGUUCCGUGCCAAGGACAGCUAUUCUCUGGCUCUUUCCAAACUGGAAAAGCAAGAACGAGAGAAUGGCUCCAACCUGGCCUUCAUGUUCCGCCUGCCAUUUGCUGCUGGCCGAGUGUUUAGCAUCAGCAUGUUGGAUACACUGCUCUACCAGUCCUUCGUGAAGGACUACAUGAUCACCAUCACCAGGCUGCUGUUGGGCCUUGACACGACGCCAGGCUCCGGCUACCUCUGUGCGAUGAAGGUAACUGAGGAUGACCUCUGGAUCCGUACUUACGGCCGCCUCUUCCAGAAACUCUGCUCCUCCAGUGCUGAGAUCCCCAUCGGCAUCUACAGGACCGAGUGCCAUGUCUUCUCCUCUGAGCCCCAUGACCUCAGAGCCCAGUCUCAGAUCUCGGUGAACAUGGAAGACUUCGAGGACACUCGGGAGGCCAAGGGGCCCUGGGGCACACGGGCUGCCUCUGGCAGUGGCAGCGCCCAUGGCCGACACGGGGGCAGUGCCGACCCGGCGGGGCACCCACUACUGCGCCGCAAGAGCCUGCGGUGGGCCCGCAAGUUGAGUCGCAAGAGCAACAAGCAGGCGGGGAAGGCGCCUGCAGCCACAGAGUGGAUCACCCAGCAGCGGCUCAGCCUCUACCGGCGCUCUGAGCGCCAGGAGCUCUCGGAGCUGGUCAAGAACCGGAUGAAGCACCUGGGGCUGCCCACCACUGGCUAUGAGGACGUAGCAAAUUUAACAGCCAGUGAUGUGAUGAACCGGGUAAACCUGGGAUAUUUGCAAGACGAGAUGAACGACCACCAGAACACCCUUUCCUAUGUACUUAUCAACCCCCCACCAGACACAAGACUGGAGCCCAACGACAUUGUGUACCUCAUCCGCUCCGACCCCCUGGCCCACAUGAACAGCAGCUCCCAGAGCCAGAAGAGCAGCUGCGGUAACAAGCUCUCAUCCUGUAACCCUGAGACCCGUGAUGAGACACAGCUCUGAGCAGAUGACACACAUCCGCUGGGACGGACAGGCGGACACAGAACAUGGAGCAUUGUCAGUACUUGCCUGGACCGAGCAGGCCGCACCAUGACUAUAAGGUGGCUCCAAGACUUGCCCCCAGAAAUGAAAUCCUCUUAGCGGGGCCAGUUGUGAGACCACUGGACCACUCUGGAAGCUGACAAGGAGGCACUUUUUAAUCUAUUUUUACAAAUAUGUAUGAUUUGCAUCUCUUUACGAGCUAUACCACAACUCGUGACUUGGCUCUGGCUAGGAACAGAGCAGGGACUGGACACUACUCUGGAUCUCACCAUCUUGCAUGGCUUCACUCAGUAAUUUCUGAAGGGGCGCUGGGGUGCAUGGGAGAAGGAAAGACCUGGACCUGGGGAGUCCCACAUGGACCUGGGGAGUCCCACAUGGACCUGGGGAGUCCCACAUGGACCUGGGGAGUCCCACAUGGACCUGGGGAGUCCCACAUGGACCUGGGGAGUCCCACAUGGACCUGGGGAGUCCCACAUGGACCUGGGGAGUCCCACAUGGACCUGGGGAGUCCCACAUGGACCUGGGGAGUCCCACAUGGACCUGGGGCUUCUCCUGCAUGGAAGCCAGCUGUGUUCUCUAGCUACCCACGAGCUGUUCUGAUCAGAGCUUCUGCAUGGUGUAUGGCUACACCAGUGCCUAUGGGUUUCCUCUCCCCAGAACCAGGCAAAGGGACAGCCAGUAAAGGCGCCUUUAGGAGGAGAGCAGAAAAGGGGCUUGUCAAGAGGUCCCACCACACGCCUGAGCACUGCAGCCCCAGCACAGGGUAGGGGACAGGGCUGCCCAUGGAUCCUCUAAGAGUCCUGCAGAGAGUCAUGGCUAUGAUGGAGUCCUGUGGCCGUAGCUAUGAAAGUCAGAUGCUGUUUCUGUCAUACUCGAGCUUCCCCAGCCAUGGCAUUUGGGGACACAGUAUGGCAAAUGAUGUGUCUCCAUGGAACAUUUCAUACACUCAAAGCAGAGUCUUGUCUCUAAACACCUGAUCUGAGAAGCACAAUUAGCCCUGGGCUCUGGCCAUGCCUUAGGUCUCCAGGGAUUCCUCCAGGCAGCUGACUUCAUUCUUGUUUAUGGUUUGCAUGGUCAGAACUGGGACCCUCUGUUAAAAUGGAUAUAUCCUGCAGGCGUGCAUGGAACAAGACAGCCCAUCAAGGCUCCAGGACCCUGGGUCUGGAAGACAUUGAGGUUCACCUGUUUUAGGGUUAGAGUUGCCUCAUGUAUUUCCCUCCCCAGACUUCACAGACUAGCCCCCAACCUCUGGCAUGACCAGCAUGGCCUUCUCGAAACUGUGGCUAUGGGUCGCUGGGUCUGGGCAGACGCCCCCAGCGUGUGUGUGUGUGCGUGUGUGUGUGUGUGUGUGUGUGUGUGUGUGUGUGUGUGUGUGUGUGUGUGUGUGUGUGUGUGAGAGAGAGUGUGUGUAAUGCCCAGAGGACGCCCUGGCAAGCUGACAACCAGCCUCCCCUAUAGUCCAGCAUGACCCUGAGAUAAACAACUCACCUAAGGCCCCAAACUCCUGGAAAUCCAUUCUCACCCCACUCUAGGGAGGAAGGUACCCUUGAUGUGAGUAUGUGAACCUCCCUUGUGUGCAUUUUGGGUUCCCUGAAAGGUUGGGGUGAAGGGAUGGACCAAAGGGCCGAGGCUCUCCCAGGCAGAGCAGAUGGAAGCUCAGGUGGGCAGGCGCUAAGGGGCGAGGCAGUUGCUGUAACCUACCUGAUAGGAAGGCAAGGCUUGAUCCUAGGCUUCCUGUGGCCUGCCUGCAAACCCCCUUGCCUGUCUGGGACCUGCCUCCUAACUCUACUCCAUGCCUGGCUGGAACCCACUUGCUCAGAAAGUACACAUGAGUUCUGGUGAGAUGUUAUGGAACAGAGUUAGCUGGAAGGACUCAGGGAAGAAGUUCUGGGGCCUCUACAGAAGCAGGUGGUUUACACUAGGCUGGGGUCUAUCAGUGGCCAUCACUGUAGCAGGAGCCACAAGAGAGUCAUGUUGGUCUUCAUCUAGAUGGGGCUACAGCCUUCAAGCCCAUGCUGGAAGAGCUGCCACCUCUGGGGCACCUUGGGGAAAGCCACCUGACCCACUCUCCUGUGUACUUGCACCAUGGAAACACAUUUCCAUUCUGUGUGUGUGUGCGCUGGGGGCAUAGUCCUUCUACAGGUAUAGGGAGAGACGCCAGCCCAGCCUUAUGCUAGCUCCUAGAGAUGCCAGGCCAUGGGACUUGGGCCAGGAGGAUUCGUGUGCUGUGAAAUAUCAGACACCAGCUCAAUAAAAGCCACCUGCACACCUAGAA